AUUUAUGUGUGUGCUCCAAAUUACAAGGAUUUAAUUACAUUUUGAUUUUUAGUAGAAUUCUAGAUUUACCUUCACUAUGAAAAUAUAUAGUUCGUUUGAGGUAAUUGUAAGAUUUGAUUAUAUAUUGUAAAUUAUAUAAUAUAUUUGGUUACUGCAAAUAAUAAUAAUAAUAAUAAUAAUAAUAAUAAAGAAGCAUGAGUUUGAUCGAAAUAUGUUUAAAUUACCUGACCUGCUAACCCUAACCUAACCUCAAUGCUCAACUCUGUCUCAACUUUUUUUAUUAUUACUAUCAACGAUAUUACUUAUAAUUUAGAUUUGCCGAUAAAAUCUACCUUAUACGCGGAUGACUAAUACUUUUUUGCAGCAGUAAUAAAAUAAAAACGGAUCAAUCUCUCCUCCAAGACUCAAUUAAUAACCUAAUCGAAUGGACAAAGACCUCCGGAUUUAAAUUCUCAGCUGAAAAAUCUCAAUGUAUCAUCUUCACGCGCAAACACCAGCGUGCAUCCCUAUUUUUAAAAAUGGAAGAACAUCUUAUCAAAGACAGUUCCACAGUAAAAAUUCUUAUACUCGUCUUUGACAAAAAACUUUCUUGGACUCAUCACGUAAACCAACUAACAAGAUCAAUCUCGCCAAGACUUAACAUUAUUAAAAUUCUCUCUCUCUUUCGAAGCUGGACUAUGGAGCUUGUAUAUGGGGGAACUUAAUAAUAUCUUCAAAAAACUUGACUCUUUGCACAAUUCUGGAUUACAUCUUCCAAUUGGAGCAUAUAGAUCAAACCCGAUAACCCGAUUAACAAACGUGCCUCCCCUUAAAAUAAGAAGAUUACAACUAACUCUUAACCAAGAGCUGAAGCUAGCCACCUCAAUAGCUGAGCUUGAUUUUACUCCAAAUUUCUCAAAUCUCUUGCCUCUGCUCCAUGAUAACAACCUCGUCCUCUCUGAUCUAACUCCUAAUAUACCCUCUAUUUUUCCUCCUUGGGUUCCUUUCUUAAAUUUAAAUAGGUACUGAAUUUCAACAUCUUCAAAAAUGUAUACUCUCCCCUCUAAAUUUAAACAAAAUUUCCUCGCCUCAAAUCAUGAUAAUAUUGAUGAAAAAAUGUACACAGACGCUUUUAAGAGCCUUCACGGGGUUGGAGCUGCAGUAAUCUGGAAAAACAUAGUGCAUAUGUACAAACUCCCCAGUUCAUGUUCAAUAUACACCGCUGAAUCCUACGCAAUCUUAAAAGAAAUACACUUAAUUCAUGAACAUAAUAUACCAAAUACCACCAUUUACUUAGACUCACUCAGUGCCAUUAAAUAACAUAAGAAAUUUACAUGAUCCUACAGACAUAAUCAGACAAGUGCUAAACGUUUUCUACGAAAACCACUCCAAGGGAUCCAAAAUACAAAUCUUCUGGAUUCCUGGGUACUGUGGCAUCGAAGGAAACGAAUUACCUAACCGCGAAGCAAAGAAAACGUUGACUCUCCUACUCACUGCACACGCUCCAGUAAUGGCCAAAAACGAUGUUCGACUUCUGAUCAAAUCCAAAUGUCUUCACUCUUGGCUUUCAUUGUGGAGUCUCCAAACCACUAAACUUCAUGAAGUCAAACAAAAUGUUUCACCUUGGCCUCAUCCAUUGGAUAUUCCAAAAAAAUCGAGAAGAUCCGCCCAUUUGUUCAUUAUGUGAAGUCCAACUGAGCAUCAAGCACAUUUUAACGUAAUGCCGCAUCUACGAAGAAUUCAGAGAAAGGGUCGACCUUCCAGAACAUAUCUCCAUCUUACUUAACAACACCAAAGACUCAUCAGACUCAUCAUUAAAACAUCAAAAUUAAUAAAUAAGUUGUAAUUCUCCAUUGUACAUUAAGAUAUUAUUUAUAUUUGUAUUUUUCCCAAUGGCUUUUGUUGCCGAGGGUUUAUUUAAUAAAAAAAAUAUAUAUAUACAGUAGCCGCCGCUUAUUGGACUCACGGUUAAUUGACUCAUUCGUCUAUUAGACUCAAAACGACUGGUCCCAAUUUGCACAUAUACUAACACACAGCAAAAAAUUCGUCUAUUCGACUCACACACCGGUUAUUAGGGUCAUUUUAAAAUCAGAUAAACAAGGAAAAUAUGUACAUACAUUGAAAAAACGUGUUAUAAAUAAGUCGGUACCGGUACAUAUUUUGCUUUUAUCGCGGAGAUAAAAUUUAAUUACUUUUCACGAUAAACCAAGCAGUCGUCAAUGUCAAUUAGUACGGCAGGUAGUGUAUGAAUACACGUCGUCGUGUUCAGUGUGUUGUCUGCGUUUACAUUCUGUGUAAACAUUUUUAUUUAUCGUGUUACAAUGAACAAACGACGUGAUUUGAGUGUGGAAGAAAAAUUAGAUGUUCUUAAAAAAUAUGACGAGCUUCCGAAAACGAGCCAGCGACAAGCAGCAUGUAAGUUGAACGUGUCUCAAAGUUUACUAGGUAGGAUGCUGAAAAGUCGACAGGAAAUCGAAAACGCAUCAUUAGAAAAUGUGAAUUCAAACCGUGAAAGAAAAAGGGUCAGUAAAGAAGAAGUUGAAGUAGCUUUAAAGCAAUGGUUCACAAAAGUCAGACAAAAAGAUGUCCGAGUAACAGGACCACUUUUGCGCCAAAAAGCUGAAGAUCUUGCGAAAAAAAUAGGCAAAGAUAAUUUUGUGGCAACAGAAGGUUGGUUUCACCGAUGGAAGAAACGCGAAAACAUUUCAUUCGUUAAGCCACAUGGAGAACAGGGAGAAGCCAACCAUGUAGCUGCACGGUUGUGGAUUCAUUCAGAAUGGCCAUCACUUAUCGCCAAAUAUCCCCGUCUUGUGUGUUCAAUGCGGAUGAAACUGGACUUUAUUUCAGGGCAUUACCUGAGCACACUUACGUGUUCAAAAAUGAAAAAACUAGAGGAACUAAAACUAGUAAAGAACGUCUAACCAUAUUAUGUUGUGCGAGUAUGGAUGGUGAAAAAAGAAAACUGCUUGUGAUUGGUAAAAGUAAAAAUCCUUGGUGUUUCAAGGGUGUUAAGAAUCCAUCGGUAGACUGCAAACAGUAAUGCAUGGAUGAUAAAAGAAAUUUUCACCGAAUGGCUGAUCAAGUGGGACAAUGAACUUCAUCAUGACGUUUUAUUGCUAGUCGAUAACUGCACGGCUCAUGUGGUUACAGUGAAAUUUAAACAUAUUAACCUCGUAUUCUUACCCUCUAACACUACAUCAAUACACUUUAUCAA